AUGUUAAUCAAGUGGAAAAUCACUCUUCCCUUAUUGCUCGGCUCAGCCGUUGCUCAGCAGUUUACCGAUUGGGUUUAUGAUUACGAUGUUGAUUAUUACACUUCUACUUGUAAAACUGCCAUCAACACAACACUUGACUGCGAUGCUGUGCUGGACUCCAUUGUGUUCCAGAACAAUAAGCCAACAGAAUCUCAUCUGGAAAAGCUUUGCACUAAGAAGUGCGAGGCAUCGUUAAUCCAAACUCAAAAAGACAUUGUUAAGGCUUGUCCAGUGGCUCAAAAUAACGUGACUCUCCAGCAUGGAGGACUUGUCACUGCUCAAGACAAUAUCCGCGAGCUCCUGGAUGGCUUUACUAAAGCAUGUCUUAAAGACCCCAAUACAGGAAAGUUCUGCCUUCCAGUCAUGGGCUCCUGGCCUUUGAUCAAAGACCACACCAGAGAGCAGAACUGCUCCGACUGUGCCCUAGGAGCUAUGCAGCUGGGUCUCAACUCAGAACUGACCUACAACGAAAAGAUCGCGUCUGAGUUCUCCGUCUUGACAGAAAGUUGCCAAAAGACUGGCUUUGAUAUUCAGGUCCCAACAAAGGCCAUUACAAGUCCUGUGUCGGGUACCAAACCAUCCACUACGACGACUACCAUUCCUUGUGAAACACCAUACAUAAUACAGGCAGAGGACACUUGUAACGGCAUUUGCAAGUCACAGAACGUGUCCACAUACGCAUUCACUCGAAUCAACCGGUUGAACAUUUGGUGUGACAACCUUCCCAAAGCUGGGGCCUCAGUAUGCCUGCCCAAGACAUGUGAUGUCUAUACUGUCGAAAAGGACGAUGAUACAUGCGGUCGUAUCGUCUACAAGUUUAGCAGAUAUGCCCCUGGUUUCAGCAUGACUCAACUUAUCUCAUGGAACCCCACGAUUAACGACGUAUGCUCUAACAUGGGGCAUCAUGUUGGUAUGCAGAUUUGUGUUUCACCCCCAGGCUUGGGCCAUCUGAAACCGUCAGCAACAUCGGAUAGUAACGCGCCUAUCACACCAGCUCCUGAGCCAAGCAACCUUGCCAACGGAACGAACACCCAGUGUGCCCAAUACUACAAUAUAACCAAGGGAGAUACCUGCGCCGAUGUAACCCUGGCCGCGGGAAUAUCUCUCAAGGACUUCUACUUCCUCAACCCCAGCAUUGACAAGAAAUGUACCAAUCUUAUCCUCGGCGAAGGCUACUGUGUCCGGGCCAUAGGAGAUAUUGAGACUUACCCUGGCUACACGUCAACCUUUUCCAAGAAGCCCGGUGAAGGUAUCGAUACCGAUGGAGGACCCGACGCAACUCUGGGUCCUGGAUGGCGGACCGAGCUGCCCACGCCAGUCGACACAGAGAAGCCUCUGGCAUCUGGCACCUGGGAUACCGGCAAGUGUCGUGUCUACUACAAAUGGGCGGAACUUAGUGAUGAUGAGCUCACCCAAGAGUGGAACAGCUGCGAGGAGAUUGCUCGUCGAUAUAGGACUACUGUCGAGACUUUGAAGAAGUGGAAUCCCAGUCUUGCUGAGGCUUCGCCUUGCAUUAUCAACAAGAAGGAUAGAUAUUGCGUUUAUCUUCGAGAUGAAUACAGAUCUUCCACAACAACUACCACUGCGGCUGAUUCCAAACCCCCGCUGGCGACAACAAGCGCUACAGCCUCUAGCACCACAGAAACAUCACCGACGAAGCCGUCAGAAGGGAUCCCCACUCCAUCAAAUGUUGCUCCUGAUACGAUCGCAGGAUGUAAGAACUUCUAUACCGCUAUUUCUGGCGAUUAUUGUUACAGCAUCUGCAAUAAUAACAAGAUCACCCAGGAGGACUUUAUCAAGUGGAACCCUAGUGUCAAGGAGGACUGCAGUCUGGUUCAAAAGGGGUUUUCUUACUGUAUUGGUCGGUAA